AUGGAUGAGACGGGUCUCCAACUUAAUAAUAAGCCAGGUUAUGUUAUUGCUCAGAAAGGCUCAAAAAACGUUGCCGCAAUAACAUCAUCAGAAAAUGGAGAAACAAUUACAGUAAUCUCAUGUUGUAAUGCAGAAGGUUUUUACAUACCAUCAGCUUGCAUUUUUAAGGGCAAAAAUAAAAAAACCGAGUUUGAGUAUGGUAUGUCUCCGGGUUCUGUGGUUUACAUGAACGAAAAAUCCGCUUAUAUUAAUACGGAUUUGAUGUUUACCUGGUUAAAAGAACAUUUUGUUCCACGUAAACCAGACGGAAAAAUUCUACUUUUACUGGAUGGUGAUGCCAGUCAUUGUAAUUCGGUAGAAAUGCUGGAAUAUGCCGAUGAACAUAAUGUUAUUCUGUUUUGUCUACCUGGUCAUACUACUCAGUUCCUUCAACCCUUGGACAGGUGUUUCUUUAGAAGUCUGAAAGCCUUUUGGAAUAAAGCUUGCAAUACAUUUGUAAAAGCAAAUCCUGGUAGGAAACUUUCUCGUAUGCAAUUUGGUCAAUUGCUGUCGGAGACGUGGUCAAAAGCAACAACUGUUGAUAACGCUGUGUCGGCUUUUAAAUCUACAGGAAUCUGCCCAUUUAAUCCUGGUGCUAUACCAGAGUAUGCCUACUUGGAUUCUGAAGAUGAAAAAUUAGAUCCCAAUACUUCUGCAGUUUACGCUACUGAAUCUAAUAAUACCACUCAAACAAAAGACGAUAAAAUGCCCUCUACUUCAGCCUUAGAGUCAGAACCUGAACCUUAG